AUGGAGAUAGAGAUGGCGAGUAUCGGUGAUUUGAACGAUAAAAAUCUCUUUUCCUCGACAAUUUUCAAUGAGUGGCUUGUCGUUCUCUUAUUUCCAGAAGAAGGAUGGGCAAGAAGUGCAAGUAGUUCUUAUUGGACAUUGACACCUUUUUGGUGGAGUCGAAGUCGAUGUAAAGUCGUGGAAGUUGCUGGAACAAGAAGAUACACAACCCAGGCGAAGAUGGUGGACACAGGAACAGGAACCCUCUACAUCAUUGGGUCAUUCAAGCGACAGACUGUUGAUCCUGAUUUCAAGAUGACACAUUUUGCGGUGAUACGACGACGAGAUUAUGAGAAAGCAUAUGAAGACCCAAAUCCUACCUAG